AUGGGAUCUACCGACCCACCCAACCCCGUCUUCCAGAAGUACGGCGUACCAGACUCGGUUCCCCGCCUAGGGAGCAACAGUACGGGGCCGCACCCCUCAUCCUCUACCCGCCCCGUUCACCACCCAGAGUGGGACAUCCCCUCCGACCGUGGCUAUGUCGUUUCCAACCACUUGAUCAACGAACCGCCACCAGACCACAAAACCUUCAAAGUCAUCGUCCUAGGCGCCGGGGCGGCGGGGAUAGACUUCUUGCACCAUGCACCCGCCGCCCUUGAAGCCCUGGGCGUUGAGGUUGUCUGCUACGACAAGAAUGCCGAUGUUGGGGGCACAUGGUACGAGAAUCGAUAUCCCGGGUGUGCGUGUGACAUUCCCAGUGUGGCGUAUACGUUUCCUUGGAAGAGUAAUCCAGGGUGGACGAGUUACUAUUCCGGUGCCAAGGAGAUAUGGGAGUAUAUGAAACAGAUCGUGGAGGAAGAGGGGAUGAUGCAGUACAUUCGCUUGAAAACUGCGGUGACCUCGGCUGUGUGGGAUGAAAGUCGAAGCAAGUGGACGAUACAAUUGCGGCGGACUGACAAUGAUGGGCAUGCGGAGGAGUGGGAGGAAGAGUGUGAUAUGUUCAUCAAUGGAUGUGGCUUUCUCAAUGCGUGGAAGUGGCCGGAUAUACCUGGGUUACACUCAUUCCAAGGCAAGCUUUUCCAUACAGCUGCGUACCCCGAGGGAUUGAGCCUGAAGGAUCAGAAGGUGGCUGUCAUUGGGUCGGGUAGCUCGGGUGUGCAGGUCGUGGCUAGCAUCCAAGAUGAGGUAUCUGAGCUAUACACGUGGGUGCGAAGCCCUGUCUGGAUCACGGCGGCGUUUGGGCAGAGCUUCGCUGGGAAGGACGGCCGGAAUUUUGACUAUUCUUCUGAGCAAAAGGAGGUCUUCAGGCUCGACCCGGAUAAGUAUCACCGGUACAAGAAGGCUAUAGAGAAUGAGUUGAACCAGCGCAUCAAGCUCGCUUUGCGCGAUACGGCAGAGUCCGACACAGCUAAUGCAUACGCAUACAGCGAAAUGUAUACUAAGCUUCAAUCCAAACCCCACGUCCGCGAUGCCAUUAUUCCCACUGAUUUUAAUGUUGCCUGUCGGCGACCCACACCGGGCAAUGGCUUUCUUGAAGCUAUAGCCUCUGAGAAGACAAUCGUCUUCACCUCACCAAUCAAAGAGAUCACCCCUCGCGGCUUCAUCGACACCGCCACGGGAAUCGAGCAUGAGGUUGAUGUGAUCAUCUGCGCGACCGGCUUCAACACCUCCUACCAGCCUCGCUUUCCGCUUAUCGGUCUAGACGGGGUCAGUCUAGCGGAUAAAUGGUCCGACACGCCAACAAGCUACCUUGCAAUCGCUGUCGACGGAUUCCCGAACUAUUUCACCUAUUCCGGGCCUUUUGCUCCGGUUGGCCACGGCUCCAUCCUCCCGAUCCUCUCGCAUAUAACACACUAUUUCAUUCAGACUAUUCAGCGCAUGCGCAAGCAACAUAUCCGUCGCCUGAGUCCCAAGCCCGCCGCGGUGGAGGACUUCGUCGAGCAUGCUCAGGCUUUCCUCCCUCGGACCUGCUGGGCGGAUCCGUGCUCGAGCUGGUUCAAGCAGGGGAGGAAAGAUGGGCCGGUGAUAGUGUGGCCCGGUUCGCGCCUGGGAUAUUUUGAACUGUUGCGGACGCCGACAUUGAGCGACUACGAUGUCGCGUAUUGGAGCGGCAAUCGGUUUGGGUAUCUUGGGUCCGGGUUUGUGGACGUGGAGUUUCCCUCUGGCGAGCACGAUUUGACUUGGUAUCUGGACUGGUAUUCGGGGAAUGAAAACUGGCAGAAGAAGGGCAUGGAGGUUGAGAAGGAGGAGGUGGAUACGUUCAAACAAUUGAGCGAGGGAGCCCUAGCCAUUGAAGGAUGAUGUGCCUAGAUGUGUGUCUGCACUGCUGCAAGUAGCUGGCUAUGCUCUAGAAGUUCGCACCCCAAC